CCGUUCACGAGUUCGGACGUGCACGCGCCCCUCCCCUCGGCUAUUUCUGGAAACCACGCGCACACAAGAUAACGUGGUCUAAUUGCCGAGUCGAGGGGGCGGGGCCAAAGCCGCCAACUGACGUGCCACGUGGCGGUUUGAGAGGAUGAAAACAAAGCAGGAACGAUCUUUGAAGAAACAAAGGAGACUUUUAUUCUGUUAAAAAGGUGGACUUUAUUUCCUUGACGUCUACUUGUGGCGGCUUCCUCUGCGCUUCAUGGCGGCCGUGCACUGCGGACAAAACCACUUCCCUUUGGGCGCUUCGCUCAGACCCACGCAGCCGUAGUGGAACCACUCGAUGGGACACUAGAGGACACGCCCACGUUAGCAUAAGGCACUAGCGAGCGCGGACUUACGUGUAUGACGUACAUCUGUGUUGUCGCAGCCGACCAUUUCGCCGUAGGACACCUGUGGAGGAAGCGCAGCGUCAGCACAGCGUCAGCGCAGCAUCAGCGCAGGCCGAGGGGCGGGACAAGAUGGCAGCGUCUGACCUGGUUACAGAUGCAGUAGCGCGGCUCGUUUGGGUCGUAGGUCCAGUCCACCUGGCUGUUGGCCUCGGCCUCUGGCAGCACCGACGCCUGCUGGGAAAGUUCCUGCGCCAACGCCGAUGAGGACGAGCAGGACGACAGCGAGGAGGACGACGAAGAUGAAGACGACUGAUGGCUGGAAGACUUCACGCCGCUUCUGGAAAACAAACAGGAUGAACGCCGCCGCGUGCCGCCAGUCAGGCUCUGUGAGGGGCCAUCUUACUUGGACUUGCGGCCCCGGGAGUCGGAGGCGGCGGCGGCGGGGGCGAGUGUCUGCGUGAGCGUGGACGCCAGGGCGGAAGACGGGUAUGGCGAGUUGUCACGUGACAAGGAAAAGUCUCGGCUGAGCUGGAAGUCGUUGUUCUUGAUGGCCUCGUAGCUCGCCUUCAGGCUGGACGUCCUGCGACCCUCCUUCAUCUGCACAUGCACGCACUUUAACCUCCCACCUCAGCUUGCGCCGCCUCGCCCGUCACGUGACCUCACCUGUGCUGUGGCCUGCACGGCCUGCGCGGCCGCCAUGGUGAUGGCGCCGGCCCCCGCCCCCGGCCCGGUGGGCAGGGAGCUGAGGCUAUACGAGGUCAAAGGUUGUGAGGAGUUGACGCUGUAGAUGCUGUUAGCCGAGGACGGCAUGCUGUUGCUGCGACAACCUGAACGACAAUUAAGGCGCGGCAGGUGAGCGGCAGGACGCCGGUGGGGGGGGGGGGGGCAUUUUGCGCACCUGGCGUGUUCUCUUUGGAGGCGUCCGACGUCAGCGUGGACAGCAGCGCUUCCGACUUGAACUUCUUCUCGGGGAUGUGUUCCGUCGUGUGGUGCAUGGAGGCAUUGUACUUCCUCUCUGUUGCCACGGAAACCCAAUCAACAAACCCAGACAAAGAGGUGGCAACGUUGCACGAGCAUGACUCACUUUCGGCGGCGGCGUGGGAGUGGAUGUGGUGGUUGUUGACGGGCUGGGACGGACUGUCCAUCUCCAAAGAACCUGGAGGACAAAACACAAAGUGAGCGGAGUGCAGCGUGGCGGUCUCUCUCUCUCUCUGACUCACGUCUUUCCAGGAUCUCUGUGAUGCCGGCGUUGUCCGCCUCCAGCUCCAUCUUGAACUUGGCCAGUUCUUGGUCCAGCUUGCGCAGGUGCCGGUCCACCUGAGCACCAAACCAGAGGAGGCAAGUGACAUCUAGUGGCGGCAGAAUAAACUACACCACAAAACUGCCAAUAUUUUGCACCAAAAUACGCAAUUUCUUGCCCCACGCAGAAAAGAGGUCAUUCAUCCCAAGUUUCUAUACCCUUGAAGGCACCACAUUUGUGUGCUUUGACUUCAGACGCUAACAUUUGCUUGGCUAUGUCAGCACCAGCUUCCACAGACAUGAGGAAAUGAGCUAAAGUUCUAACCUAGCAAGAUAGCACCGCGUACCCAACAUGCCCUGGCAGUUCUAUAGAGUCCCUACAUCAGGCCAUGGCUAUAUUUACAUUUAGACAUGAGAAAAUGAGCUAAGAUGCUAACAGUUACCAUGCUAGCACCUAGCAAGAUAGCACUACGUACCCAACAUGCCCUGGCAGUUCUAUAGAGUCCCUACAUCAGGCCAUGGCUAUAUUUACAUUUAGACAUGAGAAAAUGAGCGAAGAUGCCAACAGUUACCAUGCUAGCACCUAGCAAGAUAGCACUACGUACCCAACGUGCCCUGGCAGUUCUAUAGAGUCCCUACAUCAUGCUGUGUGUAUUGGGAUGGAAACAUGAGUACAUGGGCUAAAAUGCUUCCUUAUAGGACUUUGCUGCACUUUGUUCAGCGGUCCUUGAAGGCACCAUAUGCGACAUGAGAUGCAAACAUUACAGGCUACGACAGGCUAGCACGCUUGCUAGCGUAGCAGUGUAGUCACUCCAGCUGUCGCCAAGGGGUCGCCCAGUCACCCAAGUAGUGAAAAUGCACAUUUGGGGGCGAGACCUGGAUUGUGUGGCCGGCGAACCACAGCAGCUGAAGAGAGAAGGGUAGCGCUCUGGAGCCGAGUCGCUUUUAUUGCAAAUGUUCCACCAACAUUUCUUUUUCUUAUUAGUUCCUGAAACGUCAUCACUGAGAACACCAUCACUAGUUUUGGACUCACCAGGUCAUAAAUCUGAUUGGCCAGCUGGACCUUCUCAUCGGCGUCUUCCAGGGCUUUAUAAUAAUCCUGACAAAACACAAACACGCAUUUGAAUACGGGCGCUGAUGUCAAAGCUGCAAGGCACCGUCUCACCUUUUUAAUGACCUCCAUCUGCUCUUCACGCCACUCUGGCUUGUUCUUCUUGGCGUUGACGAAGAAGUCUACCACUUUCUGCUCCAGCUGGUCAGUCGCAUCUGCAAAUGUUUAAAAACACUUGAUGUGUCCCACAAUUCCAAUCACACACGCCAACGACCCGAGGAUCAAUAAUCUUGAUAAUCAAUGAUGAGGCUGGGUGAUGACGUGGUGAACAGGAACAGAUGGAUGCAUUGAGAGGAGGCGCCAUGGUGGCAGAGGUUUGUUUGUGUGUGCAAUCAAGUUCGGUUGGCCGGCGACUCGAUGUGCUAGCUUGCUAGUGCGUAGCAAGCCAAGAUUUCAGUAGUUUCGGUGCGAUUGGGUCGGAGUGUAGUAGCAGUGGUCGACUGCCUUCGUGCUGCACGUACUUUGGACCUGCAGGUCCAUCUCUCGCAUUUCCGUAAACCUGUCGCGAAGGUCCAUGGGAAGCUGCUCGAUCACUGCACACCAAGAAAAAAAACGGUUACCACGCUAGCUCGGCUAGGCUAAAUGUCAGACAGACACACGCCGGCAAAUCAGACACAUUUAAUGAACAAAAUGCUUUGUUGGCAACUCGGACGGCUCCUAACAGUCAGAUACUCACUCUCGAGAUAAUCCUCCAGGUACAACAUAGCGCCAAAUUGGAGCUUUAACGUGUUUAAUGAUACAAAUAGUGUCUUUCAAGAUGGCGCCGUCAGCCGUUGCCUCGCUCGGGAAAAAAUAGCUCCAUGUGAGGUCAGAGUGGUGACUCACGCGCCAGUCUGUGCCGUGAUUGGUCCAAGUAGAAACAGGCGCAGAGGCAUGAUGGGAGUUGCAGUUUCAAAACAAAGACGCGCUGCACUUUGUGUGAGUCGCGAUUUUAACGCAGGCUGGCGAGCGGUUAGUGCGCAGGCCUCACAGCUAGGAGACCAGAGUUCAAUUCCUCCUCCUCGAAUCCAUCUCUGUGUGGUGGAGUUUCUCCGGGUACUCCUGCCCCCCCCCCCCCCCCGUUCCAAAAACAUGUUGGCCACUCCAAAUUGUCCAUAGGUAUGACUGUGAGUGUGAAUGGUUGUUUGUCUUUAUGUGCCCUGGGAUGUGGACCGCUGGGAUAGGCUCCAGCACCCCCGCGACCGCCGCGAGGAUAAGCGGUAGAAAACCAAUGAACGAAUGAAUAUUAUAAGGCCUGGAGUCACGUGACGUGUUAAAACAGCACUCCUCGACUCGUCCUAAGAAUUCACUCUGAGAAACUUUAACCCCCCAAAAGUCGAACAAAUUAGAUCGCGGCGUCGUCACGAGUCCGAUUGAAGAGGAUCGAGUUACUUUGGGUCACAUUCCUCCAAGCCCGAACCCCACCCCCCAUCCGAGAACGGACAUCCUGCCUCCCCGUGCACGAGCAGAGCGCGUCUAUUUUAAGUGUCAGCGAGCAUGCGCAGAGGAGGGCCACACGAGAGCGCACCUGUCGGAUUCCCCGGCAGAGGACGUGCGCGCGUCUGACAGGCUUCGACUCCGGUACCGGGACCGGCCCGAUCCGAACCGGCUUGCCGCCACGGUCCCCCGAGCCGGAUGAGGCCAAAUGGCGCGACAGGACGCCGUGCGCUGCGUGCGCGUGCUGCUUUACGCGCUCAACGUGCUCUUCUGGCUGAUGUCAGCGUGCAUCCUGGGAGUGGCGGCGUGGAUUCGGGACUCCUUGAACGCCGUCCUGACCCUGACGGCCCACACCAGGCUGGAGGAGGCGGCCGUGCUGACCUUCUCGCCGCUGGUCCAUCCGGUGCUGGUCCUGGCGUGCUGCUUCCUGCUGAUGGUGGCCAUGUUGGGCGUGUGCGGCACGCUGCGCUGCGACCUGCUGCUGCUGUCAUGGUACUUCGGCAGCCUGAUGCUCAUCUUGUGCGUGGAGCUGGCCAGCGCCGUUUGGACCUACGAGCAGCCCCCCGUGCAGCGCUCCGACAUGAUCAGCCUGAAGUUCCGGAUGUCCAACUUUGGCCAUCACCACCACCAGUGGCUCACGCACACCUGGAACGCUUUCCAGACAGAGUUUCAGUGCUGCGGAGUCAUCUACUUCACCGACUGGCUGGAGAUGACGGAGAUGGAGUGGCCGCCCGACUCGUGCUGCUCCAAUCAGUACCCAGGAUGUGCCGGCCACGCCCACCGCCACGACCUCAGCGACCUCCACCAGGAGGGUUGCGGUCCCAAGAUUUUCUCCUUCAUUCGCGGGAGCGUGCCGCUGCAGCUGCUGCGCUUCCUGGGCGUGGCCAUGGGCGUGGCCCAGAUCCUGGCCAUGGCGCUCACGCUGACUCUGCUGUGGGCGCUACACUACCGCCACAAGCUGCACACGGACUCCCCGCUGACGCCCGCGACUCACGAGGCCUCGCCUCCGGCCCACCAGCAGAGCGCGUGUGAGAUGGAGCGCGAGCGCCACGGAGACCCGCCUUUGGUUCUUGGAAGCUGAUACAGGAAGUAUGAAAGCUCCGCCCCCACACCUGACAGCUUGAGACACUGACUUCCGUUUAUUGAAAACUUUCCACAAGAAAAGCACAAAGAAUUCAUCUUCCAUGACACGUCAUCAUGUACAGGAGCUAUGAAAUAUAUGGAUAUCAUAUGGGGUACGCCUAGCGUGGGCGUUGUCAUUAUCUCCAGCUAGCCAAGCCGGCUAGCCAAGCCGGCUAGCCAAGCCGGCAGCUUCCUUGAGUCCAAACCUUCAGCUUGUCCACCCCUACUGGGACGGAACCUUCAGAGCUCAGACACCCGCUCCGUCGUGGCGAGCGGAGUCAGGCUGCCGACGGAAGGCCGCUCGCCUUUCAGCGGGACCGCCUCCUGGAACCUGGCGUUCAAACUGGAACGACUGCGGCGGAAAGACCGGCAGGGAAAUCAUUAAUGAAGUCAUGAAAUCAUAAAAAUCACAAAAGGAAUACAGUAAUAAUAAUAAUAAUAGAAAGUCAUAAUGAAUGAUAGUAAAUAUACGACCAUAAGAAUACAACAUACAGAAAGAAUGUCAUAUUUAAUCAUUUGUUUUGAACAAUACUAAUAAAUAAAAACCCCCAC